CACAAAUCGGAUAGCGGAUAAAUCAGAGAAAGUUGCGACGAAAGGCCUGGGAAGCGCAAAUAAGCACCGAACUCUUUGGUCGGAGGAAACACAGAUUAAGAACACAGUCGAAGCCUCGGAGGAAAAUCAAAUUAGCGUUGGAUUGCUACUGUUACAAAUCAAAUGCAGCAAUGGAGCAAUUGAAUCACGACGCUUUCUGUCAAUCCGUUCAACCCCCAAAUCUGCCUGAUAUGCGCGUGCCCUCCGAUCGAUUGCAUUCCGAUUCCAGGCUGGAAUCAGAAGUAACGCAUUCUAUUGCUGCACGCAAAGUUCAGAAGGCUGAUCGUGAAAAAUUGAGGAGGGAUCGUCUCAACGAGCAGUUUACAGAGUUGGGAAACGCGCUUGAUCCUGAUAGGCCUAAAAAUGACAAAGCAUCCAUUCUCACUGAUACGAUCCAAAUACUGAAGGAUUUGACUGCUGAAGUCAACAGACUAAAAUCUGAGUGCACUUCACUGACUGAAGAAUCUCGUGAGUUGAGUCAGGAGAAGAAUGAUCUGAGAGAAGAGAAGUCAUCCCUCAAAAAUGAUAUUGAGAACCUUAAUCUUCAGUAUCAGCAGAGAUUGAGGGCUAUGUUUCCAUGGGCUGGUAUGGAACAUUCAGUUGUCAUGCAGCCGCCUUCUUUUCCCUUCCCAUUGCCCAUGCCCAUUCCUCCUGGAACGAUUCCCUUGCAUCCAUCUUUGCAGCCAUAUCCUUACUUUGGAAAUCAAAAUCCUGCAAUGGUUCCCAGCCCUAGUUCAACUUUUGUUCCAUAUCUAACUCCUCAUACGCUAACAGAACAACAGUCCACCCCAUAUGUAUCCCCAGUAAUGCAGCCAGGAAGGAGGUCUGAGGUUUCAAGCCAACAAGAUUCACGAAAUAAAUUAUCAGAUCAAGUGGAGAGCAAGAUAGGAAAAAGUGAAGAUUCUGAUGAGGUGGCGACAGACUUGGAGCUAAAGACGCCUGGGUCUACAGUAGAUCAGAUUUCGUCAUCUGGACAAAAAAGAUCCAAGAAAUUAUCAAGGAAGGAAAAUGGCACUACAGAUGGGGGUUCUUCAAGCAGGUGCUCUUCAUCUCGUAGUGUACAGGCCAGCUCAUCAAAUAGUAUAGUUGCUGGCAUGAAGGCUGAUGAUUGAGGAAAACAAUUGUGUCAGAUGCAUCCAAAUUGCACAAACAGGAUACUGGUGCUGCUGUAAGAGGCUACUAAGUUCGGGUCCUCUGUCAUUCCCUCUUGGAAGGCUUCACUGAUAUUUUUUAAAGUUCAUGCUCUGUUGCCUUCAUUUACCGGGUAGGAGAUGUGCUUGAUGAUGUACAAAUGCUAUCAUUUUGAGACAGGGUUAAAUGUGACGACUCUGUCUGUCUUAGAUUGCUGGUCGCAAGGAAGAAAAUGUUUACAAAGCCUGUGAUGAUGUACAAAUGCUAUCAUUUUGAGACAGGGUUAAAUGUGACGACUCUGUCUGUCUUAGAUUGCUGGUCGCAAGGAAGAAAAUGUUUACAAAGCCUGU